CAUUCAUUACCGUUGGAUCCGGGUUCAUCCUGGCCGUCACCGUUAGGGCUGAGGUUGCUCAUAGAGGAACGACGGGCGCGUCAUCGCUUCUUACUCUCCAGGUUUCCUCACCCUUCGUGCCGCUGCUUUGCAUGCUCCUGAAGAGUUGAAACAUGGUGAAGCAUAACAAUGUUAUCCCCAAUGGCCACUUCAAGAAGGACUGGCAAAACUAUGUGAGGACCUGGUUUAACCAGCCCGCCCGCAAGAAAAGAAGAAGAACGGCGCGUCAAAAGAAGGCCGUGGCUGUGUUCCCACGCCCUACUGCUGGACCACUCCGACCAGUUGUGCAUUCUCAGACCUUGAAGUACAAUUCUAAGAUCCGUUCUGGAAGGGGGUUCACCUUGGAGGAGUUAAAGGCUGCUGGCAUCCCAAAGAAGCUUGCACCCACCAUCGGCAUCGCCGUUGAUCAUCGCCGUAAGAAUCGGUGCUUGGAGAGCCUUCAAGAGAACGUUAACCGUCUUAACACCUACAGGGCUAAGUUGGUUGUGUUCCCUAGACGCUCAAAGAAGACCAAGGCCGGGGACUCGAGUGCUGAGGAGUUAUCGAGCUUCACCCAGGUGAUCGGACCAGUAUUACCUAUCGUCAAGCCUCGACCCACUGUUGAUAUCGUAUCUAUUACCGACGAGAUGAAAUCUCAGAAGGGAUAUUACAAACUCCGCCAGGAGAGGAUGAACGAGAGGCUAGUUGGUGUUCGGAAGAAAAAGGCCGAGCAGGCCGAGAAAGAUGAGAAGAAGUAAAUUUUAAAUGGCAGGAGGCGUUUUUAAUGGUUUUCCAACUACCUUUAACUGUCUACUGUUUUCUGUACUUGGAUCAUCUUUCUGUAGUAAAGUUCGAGGAGUGCCACUUCUUAUGGCUAUGUGGAUAAUCU